AUGCCGCCCCCCCCUCGCGGCGCCUGCGGGUUUGCAUCCCUCGCCUUUUCGGCGCUCGCUGAGCCCGAAGUCGAGGAGAGCGGGCCUUCAUUCACUCCGCGUGUGCUGCGCAUCUACAACGAUUCUUCGCUCAAAGCCCGUGGAGGAAUCGUCUCUGUCGCCGCGGCGAGCCGCUGUCUCUACGUGGCCUGCCUGAACGGAGACCUCAUUCGAUGGCACCCCGAUGAAAACGAAGGAGCCCUUAUCGAGUUCCCGUCGCCGAAACCGGCAGAGAGGCGCGAAAUUCGCCGCGUGUUCCUUGACUCCAAGGGCUUCCACUGCCUGGUCGCGAUGGCGAACGGGGACAACUACUAUGUGCACUUCAGCAGCGAGCAGGCGCGCCUUCUGCCCAGACUGAAAGAUCACUUCGUCGAGAGCGUCGCGUGGAACAAGCAGGCGACCGAGACCUCCACGCGCGACUUCGUCAUCGGCACGCGCCACGGCGCCAUCGUCGAGUGCCUGUUUGAGUCAGGCAAAGACCGCUACGUUCAUCCGCUACUUCAAUUCCCAAAGAGAACGCCGGUGCUAGAUGUUCGUCUCGAAGUCCUCCCCUGGGCGGGGGGCGCCCAGCGCCAGCUGCUUCUUGCAGCGACUCUGCGGCAUCUUUAUCUUUUCCCAGGGAACCCGAAUCUCUCUGCAACUUUGCAAAAUUUGUCGCUCUCGUCGUCUUCGACUUCGCCGACCGACUUGAAGCUCUUUCUCGCGUUCGAGGUGCCGAAGGAAAGCCCCUCCGGCGGCCCUGUGCUGCAGCUCGUGAAGAAGAAAGGCGGUAGAGAUCUCCUCCUCUUCUGGACGACAGGCAUCGGCGUGGUGUCGUCGACUCUGCAUCUUUGGGCGCCUUCCGCGGAGCAUGGGGAUGCUUCUCUCCCCGAUGCCCGGUCAUUUUUCUCCCAGGAGCCGCCCUCAGUCUUGGCCUUUCCUCGGCAAGAGAACUCGCUGGCGCCUGGGGGGUUCGGGGCAGAGGCUGAGAAAGAGAGGAGAGCGAAGGGCGAGAGAAGAAGCGAUGAAGAAAGUCUUCUUCUCCCCGCGAGCUCCGGAACCGCGCCGCUCUCCGUCCUCGUUACAGACUUCCACGUGCUCAUGCUCUACGGCGGAAAACUCGUCGCUCUGUCAAGAAUCACCGAGAAAACGGUUUUGGAAGUCCCGUUUUCGGCGGUGAAGUACGGCGUCGUGCGUCGCCUUCUCCAGGAUCCGUUCGACGGCGGCGUCUUCCUGUACACCGACACAUUCGUUUGCCAGAUCGUCAUCUCGAACGAGUCUGCGCAGGCCUGGAGACUGUACCUCGAGCAAGGCAAGUUUGCGCUGGCGCUUUCGCACUGCGCAACGGCCGCUCAGCGCGAGCGGGUCGUCGUGUCGCAGGCAAAUUGGCAGCUCGGGCGCGGGCGGUUCGUGGAGGCGGCGGAGUUGUUGGCGCAGGCGCAGUCAGUCCCCUUCGAGGAGGUCUGCCUUUUCUUCUUCGCGCAUCGCCAGACGCUCGCGCUGCGCAGCUUCUUCCUCAGCAGGUACAAGCAGCUCGCCAACGCCGUCGGCCCUGGGAGUGGCCUUUUUUUCGGGGCGCGCGCUCCUCCAGGCGCCAUUGAGAGGGAUGAUCAUGCGAACGGCCUGCGGUCAACCGCCGCUCCGACGCCGCAGCAAGUGAUGCUCUUUGUUUGGAUCGUGGAGCUUCUUCUGCAUGAGCUCGCUCAACUCGACGCUGCGCUUCUGAGGCGCCUGCGCCGAAAAGGAGAGAAAACCAGCCAACAAGGCAGAGAGGACGCGACAGAAGGGCGAGGUUCAGACGACGGAGGCGGUGGAGAGAAUCACGAGGAAGAAAGAGAGAGAGAAGUGGAGCUCCUGAAAGAGAAGAAGAAAGAAACAGGAGACCAACUGAGAAGACUGCUCGCAGACUUCAGGGGUGUGGAUGAGAUCCGGGCCACGGUCUAUGCGCUGCUGCAGGCGCACGGACGCUUCGAUGAACUUCAUCACUUCGCGGAGCUCUGCGGAGACCUCGAGAGUGUCGUGAUCCACUACUUGAGCCGCCGAGACUACGCGACUGUCAUCGAAAAGCUUGCAUGCAUGAGCGACUUUCCGCUCCGCGACUCGCUUCUUUACCGUCUCUCGCCGUUGCUCUUUCGGCACGAACCGCGGGCCUUCACUGCGAUGUGCAUCUCCCCAGCGUUUGCGCACAUCGACCCCUCGAAGUUGCUUCCUGCGCUUCUCCACUGCCGCGGCGCCGAUCGGGAGACAAUGCGGGCGCAGGCACCAGACGACGGCCUAAGAGACGCACAGGGCAGCACCCGGGAAGGCUGCGCGGAACGCCGAGAGUGUGCGCUGGAGCUCCUCAUCCACUUUGCGAGGCUGGCGACGCCCUUCAAGAGCGGUGCGGCGGCAGGCGGCGAUUCGGCGUGGCUGGGCGCGCGCGGCGGCGGGGUCUCUUCGCGUCUGCCGCUCGCGACGCAAAAACGUUUUCUCUCUAGCGGCCCGCACAGCGUGGGCGAGACCCACGGCCGCUGGAAAGGGCUCUCGGGGCUGUGGAACGCACUCAUCGUGUUCAAGGCUGAAGCCGAGGACGAAACCGACCUCCUCAGGCUGCUGGCUGCGCAGAAGCCGGGUCACCUCCCCUUCGAUCCCCAGUUCGCCCUUCGCUUCUGCCUCGAGAAAGGCCGCGAGCGGUCUGCCGUCCUCCUCUACGGGCUCCUUGGGCUCCACACGGAAGCCGUGGAGAAGGCCCUCGCGACGAACGACAUGACGCUCGGUCAACACGCUGCCAACGCACCCGCGGAUCCUUCUCAGCGCCAGCAGCUGUGGCUUCGUCUGGCGCACCACGCGGCCCUCCACGAGGAUGUUCCGGCGCUGGUCGCACUUGUCAAGCGUUCAGGCAACCUGCUGAAGAUCCAAGACGUGCUUCCGUACAUCUCUGACUCGACAGUGAUUGACACCUUGAAGGAAGAGAUCUGCGCGUCCCUGGACGCCUACGAGCAGCGCAUUGCGUCUCGCUUCCAAGAGAUGGAGACUCACAAGGAGGCGAUCGCGUCCCUCAAAGAUGAACUGAGGACUGUUAAUCAGCGGUGCGUCGUCGUUGAAGUCGACCAGAUCUGCGACGUGUGCUGCGAGUCGAUCUUCACCGAGCGCUUCUACGCCUUCUGCUGCGGUCACUGCUUCCACGCUUCGUGCUGCCAGCGCCUUCUCGUGCCUGCCAUGGACGUCGACACCUUGGCUGAGUUUGAGCGGCGUAUGGUUGACCUCGACCGUGCGCUGGAGCACGGGGCCUCCGCGGAGGAGUUGGAGCAACUCGAAAACGCGGUUGAUGACAUCCUGGCGGCCGAGUGCUCAAUCUGCGGCACCUUGAUGAUUCGCUCCAUUGCGCUGCCGUUCAUCGGCCCCGGUGAAAGUGUGGAAGAAAUCAACAGCUGGAGCAUCGUCGAGGAGACCCCCAGUCGGGAGGCAGACGGAAAAGACUGA